GGGGCGGCGCGAGACAGACGGGCCGCUCGGCGCGGCCUCCCUCCGCCUCUGCCCGGCCCGGGGGCGGAGGCGGGGGGAGGGGGGGCUGCCGAAGUUUGGUCCCGCGGCGCCGAACCCCAGUCUCGGGCCGAGCGCGGGCGGCAGCCGGCCCGCCUCAGCCGGCCGCGGCGGGAGGAGCGCGGCGCCGCGUCGCGCCGCGGGCAGCGAGCUCCGCAUUCGAACCUCCCUCGCAAAGACAGUCUCCGCCCCACAAUGCACCGCGGCGGGCAGCCUUUGAAAAAGCGGCGCGGCUCGUUCAAGAUGGCGGAGCUCGACCAGUUGCCUGACGAGAGCUCUUCAGCAAAAGCCCUUGUCAGUUUAAAAGAGGGAAGCUUAUCUAACACAUGGAAUGAAAAGUACAGUUCUUUACAGAAAACACCUGUUUGGAAAGGCAGAAACACAGGCUCUAAUGUAGAAAUGCCUUUCAGAAAUUCAAAACGAAGUAGACUAUUUUCAGAUGAAGAUGACAGACAAAUAAAUACACGAUCACCUAAAAGAAACCAAAGGGUUGCAAUGGUCCCACAGAGCCCAGCAAGCUACCCAGAGUAUGGAGCCCACACGGCAGAGCCUGGCAAGCUACCUAAAUUUACAGCAACAAUGUCAACACCGGAUAAGAAAGCCUCACAGAAGAUUGGUUUUCGAUUACGUAACCUCCUCAAGCUUCCCAAAGCACAUAAAUGGUGUAUAUAUGAGUGGUUCUACUCCAAUAUAGAUAAACCUCUAUUUGAAGGCGAUAAUGAUUUUUGUGUAUGUCUAAAGGAAUCCUUUCCUAACUUGAAAACAAGAAAGUUAACAAGAGUAGAAUGGGGAAAAAUCAGGCGACUUAUGGGAAAACCACGGAGAUGUUCUUCUGCAUUUUUUGAGGAAGAGAGAUCAGCAUUAAAACAGAAACGGCAGAAAAUAAGACUUUUACAACAAAGGAAAGUUGCAGAUGUUUCACAAUUCAAAGAUCUUCCAGAUGAAAUCCCUUUACCCCUGGUUAUUGGAACCAAAGUUACAGCACGAUUACGUGGUGUUCAUGAUGGUCUGUUCACUGGACAAAUAGAUGCUGUGGAUACUCUUAUGGCUACCUAUAGAGUAACUUUUGAUAGGGCAGGGCUCGGAACCCACACCAUCCCUGACUAUGAAGUUCUUAGUAACGAGCCUCAUGAGACAAUGCCAAUUGCUGCCUUUGGACAAAAACAACGGCCUUCUAGAUUUUUUAUGACUCCACCGCGGUUACAUUUUACUCCUCCUCUCCAAUCACCAAUUACAGAUAAUGAUCCUUUAUUAGGACAGUCGCCAUGGAGAAGUAAAAUUUCUGGCUCUGACACUGAAACAUUAGGUGGUUUUCCAGUAGAAUUCCUUAUCCAAGUGACCAGAUUAUCAAAGAUUCUAAUGAUUAAAAAGGAACAUAUUAAGAAAUUAAGGGAAAUGAAUACAGAAGCAGAAAAAUUGAAAUCAUAUUCUAUGCCCAUUGGCAUUGAAUUUCAGCGAAGAUAUGCAACAAUUGUUCUAGAGCUGGAACAGCUGAACAAAGACCUAAACAAAGUUUUACAUAAAGUUCAACAGUACUGCUAUGAGCUUGCUCCAGACCAGGGCCUCCAGCCCGCAGACCAACCAACAGAUAUGAGACGAAGAUGUGAGGAAGAAGCACAGGAAAUUGUUCGGCAUGCAAAUUCCUCAACGGGACAGCCCUGUGUUGAAAAUGAAAACCUUACAGACUUAAUCUCCAGGCUUACAGCUAUUUUAUUACAGAUUAAGUGUCUAGCAGAAGGAGGAGACCUGAAUUCCUUUGAAUUCAAAUCACUUACAGAUUCAUUAAAUGAUAUCAAGAAUACAAUAGAUGCUUCUAAUAUCAGUUGUUUUCAGAAUAAUGUAGAAAUCCAUGUUGCACAUAUUCAGAGCGGCCUGAGCCAGAUGGGAAACUUACACGCCUUUGCAGCAAAUAAUACCAACAGAGACUGAAUAGAAGAUAUAAUUAUUCGACUGCAGAGGACAUUGUUUUUGAGAAGUUCCUUUCCUUUAUAUAGGCUUCCAACACCAAAUAACCUAACUUCUGGAAAACAAGGGAAAUUUAAAUCUUCAAAUAAGGCAUUUUAAUAUACUGUACUGCUUCUUAAACCAGCAUUGCUGACCAGCAUUAUAUUUAUUUUUCUUUUAUUAUUCAGCUGUAGUAGCAUUGCUUAUGUCACAUGUUUUUUAGCAAGUAUUUUAAAACUGAAAAUGUCUGAAUGUAAUAGGUUUUCAUGGAAGACUGUGUUGACCAUUUAUCUAUGUGCAUGAAUCCAACACUUGCAGAUAACUACUGAAAUUGAGAAUAUGAAGAAACAUGGUUUUUUUGUGGUUUCUAUGCUCAACACUGUGGAAAUAUCUAGAAAAUUACAACUCCAGAUUCUUUAGUUGAUCACCAUCUCAGUCUUCAAAAGAUAACAUCCUGAGAUACAGGAAGUCCUAGUUUUAAGGAAGCCACUGGAAUAUAGAUGGGAAAUAUGGACUUAACAAGUAUAUGUGUUAUAUACUUGCAGUGUGACAUGGUUUUAUAGAUCAUUUUAUAAUAAUAUUUUAAUUUAUCAUAAUUUAUAAAAAAAAGUUUGUUGUUUGUCUGUUGAAAGAAAAUGAAGGAGCAGAAAAAAAAACAUUACUGCAAAAUGCUUAAUUUCAGCAUAUGAAUUUGGCAUGUCUUCCCAUCAAUUCAGGGUGAAAGUACUAUUGUUGAGAUUUAUCUUUAAAGACUGGUAACACACUAUUUUCGUAUUUUUUUGUUUAUUUGCACAACUUUCGAACCAGGUUACUGGUUCAAAUCCAACAAUUUAUAAAGUUAAAAACAUUUUAUAAGGAAACAUAUAAUGAGUGCUAUGAAAUGCAGAAAAGGUUUGUAUUUGAUUGUGGGUUUUUCAUUUGUUUUGGUUUUGGGUUUUUUGUAAGAAAACCCUGCCUAAAAUGUUAAUCUUGUAAAAAUGUGUAUUUGGAAUUUUGUUUUAAAAUAGAUAUUAUAAAGUUAAAUAUAAUAAAUUGUUUUCAGAUUUGGAGUUAAAGAUAUAGCUAUAGAAGUGGCUUUGAUUCUUUCAGAUGUCUCAUAAAAUGAGACUUUUUAUAUGUUAAUGUAUAAUAAAACUGAAACAAGAUUAUUUUCCAUUUGAAAUUUUUGUAUAGCUUAAAAAUGCUUCCAUAUUCUUUGUUGGUAAUGUGCUACUGCAAUACUUUAGUGCAGAGUUUAUAUUUAGCUAAACUGUUAUGUUAAUUAAGAAAUGCAUAAAUCUUUUAUUCUUAAUAUUUGUAAUUCUAAAUAAAUUGAUCUAUGAAAAUUUA